GACGUGAGCUAUGCAUAGUGCACACUGAGUACAUUGCAUGUCAGACUCCGUCUCGUCUACAGCCUUGGGAGGAGUCACCUCAGCAUUACCCCGGAAUCACUCCGCUGUUACAGUUUCAACUCCGCUUCUGCCUUUCUGUAUAUGUGUAUGUAUAUUGCGAAUCACACUGGACAUGGCGCUUGCGGGCUUAAUGAGAAGGUUGAACAACAAUGAGUACAAGAACUGGAUGAAAGCCGGCCAGUGCCUGUGUAUGCUGCAGGACCGGCUGCUGAAGUUCAUUGUCUCGGAGACGCAGAAGUUUCAUAGAGAGAUGGUCGGCAGUGUCUCAGCCCCAGCAAGACAGAGGAAUAAUAGAUGCAAGUGCAGAGCCAAAUGGAAGCAGUUUCAGCCUAAUUGUCCUGUGUGUGCAGAAUGGAAAGAAAUCAUUCUAUCUCAUCACAAGAACAGAGAUGGAGAUAUACACUGGGGAAACUGUCAUCCAUCAUUGUGGCCUACACAUUACUGGGAGGUUGCAAAGGUUUAUUUGCCACGUGGGCAUCUAGACAAAGCACCCAAUGAGUGUGAUGCAGCGGCCUUCCUCAAUCUGCUAAAUACGUGUGAUCAUUUCAAAGUAUCAGACAUAUCAAGGGUUCGAGAGAUGAUAAAGUGUAGGAAUGACUUGAUGCACAACUCUGCCAUGAAGGUCUCCUCUUCCUGGCUGGCAGACUUUGGACACAAGAUGCAUGAAUUCGUUUCUGAGUUUAAACACAUACCCGGCCUUGCACAAGAAGGUCAGACAAUGCAAGAGGUACUAAUGUCGGAUUGGAAUGUUGAAGAUAUAGGUUUAUAUGAAGUUGAUGGACAAUAUGCUUCCUGUGAAAUCGGUGAAGAAGUUACUCAACUUGCAAAGUACAUGGGCACCCUCAGAUUUCCCGCAGACAUAGUAGAAAUAAACCUUAUUCGGCAGCUGCUUCAAGAAUUGUAUCUACAGAUAGAAGAACACAGCACACUGUCUAAUGAGGACCAGGAUAAUUUUAGAAAAGUGAAGGACUUCUUAGCAGAAAAUUAUGAUCUUCAGUGUAUUUUUGAAGAAGACAUCCAGAAACUGGAACACUUGCAGAAGGAUAAUGAUAAACUCAGUACACAAGGUUGAUGUUUUUCUUUUUCAUUAAUAUCAAUCAACCGGAGAAUAAUGAGGAAAAAUUAGAGUCUUGUGUAUUAUUUUUCAUGUUCAUUAUGAGAUUACUUACUGUAGUGUUGAAAUGGUUUUGUACAUGCACAAUGAUUUACUGAACACCAUAUACACGAGGUUAACAGGUAUUGUAUGCAAGGGAUACAUAUUAUGGGGUCCAUUUAUCAACGAGUUUUAUCAAACGCAACGUGUUUUAAAACUUAACACAAACGAAAACAGGUGCGCUGAUUUGGGUGGAGUUCAGGUUUAGUUAGUUUUUCAUAGGUUUGUCAGUGUGUGCUGCUGCUUCCCCCUAAUGAGGCAAUUGCCAACCUCAAUAUAGUGAACUGCAG